CGGUUACCUAGGGAGGGAGAGUGGAGAGUGGGAGGGGCGACCCAACGGCCAGGCCGGCCGCCCGGCGGACACGGGAUGCGGUAGGACUUGGAUCCUGGGGAGCAGGUCGUCAGAGAUAAAGGGGUGGGGGUGAGGUUCUGCGCCCCCCAAGCGGUGCGUCUCCGUGGACCGGCCCUGGAGUCCUCAGGCCAGCAGACAGGGACCGUGCACCCCAGGAGUCUGGGGACCCGGGCGCCGCCGCAGACGGCCAGGUGGUUCGCUCUCAGCAUCACCCGCCCCUGGUCCUCUCCUCUCGCGGCCCAGCUUCGCCGUCCGGCCCUCCCAACGGCGACGCUGGAUUCGCGCCCCUCGGUCCUGCGGAACCCGAGCCUCCGGCCCCCGACCCGCUCAUGUGGCUCCUGGAGAAAGCCGGCUGCAGGCUGGGGGCCGCCGAGCCCGCCGCGCCGAGGGCGCCCCGCAGCCUGCUCCCCGCGCGCCGGGCCCCGGGCCCAGCCCCGUGCGCCUUCCCCAACGUCCUCACCCCCGACCGCAUCCCGCAGUUCUUCAUCCCGCCGCGGCUCCGGGACCCCGGCGGCGCGCGGCCCCGGGCCGGGCCCCGCGUGGGCGCCCGCAGCCUGCCCGCGGCCUGCUCGCUGCCGCACCUGGCCGGCCGCGAGGGCUGGGCCUUCCUGCCCGAGAGCCCGCACACGCGCCGGCGCGAGUCCCUCUUCCUCUCGCCGCCCGGCCUGGCCGCGGGGCUGUCCCCGGCGCAGUCCCGCCUGUACGUCUCGGCCCCGGACCUGCGCCUCUGCCGGGCCCCCGACAGCGACACGGCCUCGUCGCCCGACUCGUCGCCCUUCGGCUCCCCGCGGCCGGGGCCCGGCCGGCGCCGGCCGCACUCGCUGCCCCGGGAGGAGGCCGCCCCGUCGGAGCGCAGCCCGCCCGCGCCGCCGCUCUUCCACCUGGACGUCCUCUGCUGCCAGCUGCGGCCCACCAAGGACAGCGUGCUGCGCCUCGGGCCCCGCGGCGGGCAGCUCCGGCUCUCGGCCGAGUACCAGGCCGGGCCCGGGCGGCUGCGGCUGCGCCUCGUCAGCGCGGAGGCCCUCCCCCGGCCCCGGGCCGGCCCGGGCAGCGGCGGCGGCGGCUGCUGCGUGGUGCUCCGGCUGCAGCCCCGCGUGCGGCCGCGCGCCCAGCGGAGCCGCGUGGUCAGAUGCAGCGCCAACCCCAUCUUCAACGAGGACUUCUUCUUCGACGGGCUCGGCCCGCCAGACCUGGCCGCCCGCAGCCUGCGGGCCAAAGUGCUGGACCGAGGCGCGGGGCUGCGCCGGGACGUGCUGCUGGGCGAGUGCGAGACGCCCCUUAUCGCCCUGCUGCCGCCCUUGGGUGGGGGGCUCGGCCCUGGGUCUUCUCUGGUGCCCGCCCACCUCAGCCUGUAGACUCUCGGGUUUCCCGCGGGGUCCGCCGUCUCCUUUCUUUCCAGAUACUUAGCACGUAUUUAUUUUUACUAAUAAAAUGCCCGAUUGUCUCUA